AUGUUGCUCACCAACCACUGGGCGCUUGUUGCGCUGCUGCUGGGUGCGCGGACCAUCAGCACCGACAGGUUUACUUGGACACUUUCCAGACAGUGCAACAUGAUCGACGCCAGCAACUACUGCAACGAGUACUACAACAGUUUUGAUGCGCCGCUAAAAAGUGACCUGUGCCUCAGAGCCAGCAGCUCGGAGUGCACCAUAAGUUACAGCACGACGCUGAAUUUCGAAAGGACCGAGAUGUGCACCCACGGGCCUUACCUGUGGAUUGACUUGGCAAUGGGCAAUCUGUGGAGGCUGGGAAAGCAUGAGCCGGCUCAGCUGUUCGCAGUAUCCGCCAACCUAGUAGACUGCGGUAACUAUACAGUAGCCAGCAUUACCGAUCCACUAGCUUCGUGGUGCACCAAGCCACAGAAUGUAGUUUUCCAUCCGGCAACGUUCUACGACAUCAAUCAUCUCAAAAUUCCGAAUGCCAUAAGACUUAAUCAGAGCAUCUACCUAGUCAUCAUGAGCCCCUCAGAACCCCAAGACUGUUGGAUCAGCGUUACCAAGUAA